AUGUUAUCGUUAGUCCCCGAACGCCCACAAACCACUGUUUUAGUGGGAGGCUCCAAUGGCACCAAAACCUUGCAAGCAAUACUGUGCGACAGAACCAAUCCACUGAAUGACGGACAUGUGGUACGAGUGGUCACUCGUUCUCCGUCUCAGUUUGCAGACGAACAGGGCAAACCCAAGCAUUGGAAAUGCAACGAACAACACAUUCGAUGCAACGAAGUCCCCCUCACGAUCUUUCCCGAAUCCCUCAUGACGUCCUGGAAGACGCACAUGGGAGCUGCUGACUCUGUGUUGGGGUAUUCGGACGAGGAUGACCCAGAUGAAUUUGGCGAUGCCUUUGACAAGGCUAUUAGUGGUAUUGGUACCAUGGACGAUGGAGGUAUUGCUGACUGCAUCGUCUUGUGUUGUCCUGUCUUUGCCCAUUUGCCAAUCUUGAGGCGGAUUGCCCGAAGUCUUUACCGACUAGAUCGCAAAGGAUUGCUUCUCAAAUCUGCCAAAUUUGGAGGCAAUGCGCCGCCACUGCUUGUGGGCAGUUUGUAUGCCGCUGGAGGUCUGGAUUGGCAAUCUCGAGUGGCCUUUGCGCAAGAGAGGCCUUCUGAUUUCUGUGGUACUUGGAAACGAGACCUGUGCUUGUUUGGUUUCAAGGCCUUUCCGUUUUUGGCCAAAUCAACCGAACCUGGCGUCGUGACACUCUUUGGGCGCUUUCCCGAAUUGCUAGUGGCACUAUCCCCGCCCUCUCCAAGGGCCCGAGCCAGGGCUCGUAUCUUGUUGGAUCGACUCUUGCAGGCCCAGACGACUGGUCGAUAUUGCGAAUUCCUAGGCAUUGGCGCCAAGGAAAAGGUAGGUGGUGAUGGAACGGCCCCUGUCGUCGAUGCAGCGGCCGCUGUCGCUGUGGCUCAAAUGAUGCAAGGCACCCACAAGGUUGGUUCCAGCAAUGUCAUGCUGGGCAAGACUUCUGCCAAGGCCAUUUCGGAUACCUUGCCAUCGGACAUUAUGGCCAAGCCCAUGGCCGAUUAUGCGGAUCCCACUGGCAGUAUUGCAUUCUUGACGUGUACCAUGAAUGCCACCAAUCAAUGGUUGCACCCAUGCAUCAUGGCGGCCAUGUUCAAGGAUCCCAACAAUCCCGAAGCUUCCGAUAAGGACGGUCGUAUUCCAUGGCCGCUCAAGGAAAAAAAGACACCACUGCCUCGAUUUUAUUCCGAUGGUGCGGCUCAUCCGGAAGCGGGUCAAUUGAUUACUUCCAUUGCCUGUGCCGAAGUCUAUCCCCUCUUGGAUUCUUUGGAUGCCUUCUUGUCGCCCAGUGGUAUGCGGACCAUUUCCUCCAUGCAUGGGGGAGAACCAGUGGGCCGCAUGGUCGUCAAUACCCUCGGAAAUUCUCCCGCCGAGAUUGGAGAACGAUCCGGUUUGACGGAAUUGGUGCUCAAGAGAGCGCAAGGUAUUCCCAACAGCGAAGACGAAUUGCCCCAGAUGCCUUCGAAAGAUCGGUUGCGAUUUUACAACUUCUUUGCCUUUUCGAUGGGAUUUGGGUUGAGCCACAGUCACCGGAUUGGGCAUGUCCUCAGUCCAGCCGAGCGCAUCAAGGACGAAAAUGGCAACCCCACCGAUUACAUUCGUCCCAUUCCCACCAGUCGGUUCUUUGUGGACGAUUUGAAUCAUGGCCUUUGCGUUCAAUUGGGAUUGGGCGAAAUGUUUGGUUUUGAUUUGGAACGGGACAUGCCUGCUACCCUCUAUGUAGUGAGACGCUUGCAAAAGUGGAUGGGCAAGGAAUUUGUCUUACCGUCCAAGCAACCCGGCAAGAAAUUGGUGGCCGAUGCUCGCGAUUUGGCAGAAACGUCUACUCCACAAGGCUUUGGAGUCAAUAGCAUUCAAGAAUUAAGGUCCUUCUUACAAUUGAGUCCUAUCGGAGAGGAUGGAAGAAUAUUGGCCGAACAACGAGUCCUUCAGAGUCCUUUGGUGGGAAACCAACCGCAAAUUCGAUCCAAGUUGUAA